CAGAGAUAGAAAGGGACGAGUGUUUGAAACGAGGAGAGAGACAAAUAUCGGUUCGGCGCAAAAAAGAUAGGUUUGGUUUGCGCCUCCUACUCCUAGUGUGCUCUUCACUUGGAUUCAUUCAAAUUUAAAACCAAUCAGAGAUUGCGAACAAGAGUUGAAAAAAAACAACAUAACUUACCCAGAAUGUGGUCGAAAACAAAAACCUCUGCUUCAAUCUCUCGCUCUCAGGAACCAAAAAUGGCAUUGGAAUCUCAAUCGCAGAAGAAGAAGAACAAUUUGCAUCAUCAUGGGCAUGGGCAAGGGGUUUUCGGAGAUGUAUUCAGCAUCAUGAAAGAGAUUGAAAUGGACCUGGAUUUAAGAUUUCAAUUACCUCACCUUGCACUUCCCCCAGAUUUCUUGGGUAGCAGAGAAGUUCGUGAGUUUAUUAGUGGGGCUCUAGCUGGGGCUAUGACAAAAGCUAUACUUGCUCCUCUUGAGACUAUCAGGACAAGAAUGAUAGUUGGUGUUGGGUCGAGAAAUAUCACCGGUAGUUUCGCUCAGGUUAUAGAGCAGCAGGGGUGGCAAGGAUUGUGGACUGGAAACAUGAUCAAUAUGAUUCGUAUAGUUCCAACACAAGCCAUUGAGCUUAGCACAUUUGAGUGUGUAAAACGGGCAAUGACCUCAGUGCAAGAGAAGUGGAAGCAGAAUGAAGGCCCUAAGUUGCAGAUUGGUUUCAUCAAUUUGAACUUAUCUUUAUCUUGGAUUUCACCAGCUGCUGUGGGUGGAGCAGCUGCAGGAGUUUCUAGUACACUUGUAUGCCAUCCCCUGGAAGUUUUGAAGGAUCGGCUCACUGUAAAUCCUGAAGCCUACCCUAAUUUAGGCAUUGCAAUUAGAAAUAUUUAUAAAGCCGGUGGUGUUGGCGCUUUUUAUGCCGGUCUUGCGCCCACUCUAGUUGGCAUGCUUCCAUACAGCACAUGUUAUUACUUUAUGUAUGAGACGAUAAAGAAAUCUUACUGCCAGACCAAAAAUAAGAAGUCGUUAAAUCGUCCAGAAAUGCUUUUAGUUGGAGCUCUUGCAGGUUUAACUGCCAGUACAAUUAGCUUCCCAUUGGAGGUGGCUAGGAAGCGCCUGAUGGUGGGAGCUUUGCAAGGUAAGUGCCCGCCAAACAUGGCGGCAGCACUUUCAGACGUAGUUCGAGAAGAAGGUCUGAAGGGUCUCUACAGAGGAUGGGGUGCAAGCUGUUUAAAGGUUAUGCCAUCCUCUGGCAUUACAUGGAUGUUUUAUGAAGCAUGGAAAGACUUGUUGCUUGCUCAGAAGGGUAAUUCCUUGUAGUUAUAGCCUAAUAAUAAGGUUACAUGGGUUUUUAGCCUGUUUCGUUUUGAGUUGAAGAAUGGAGGAUAAUUCAAUACAGGGUUAAGAAAUAACAAAAAUAAUUGGAUAACCGUUUUUGCCAUGGUCACUCUUUGGAAUGUUCAUUCCUACCUACUAACCAGUUAGUUAGCCCAGCUUAUGAGCUUCAGGUUUUGAUAUUUGAUUUGGGAAGAUUCUCAUCAAAGAGAAAGGUUCAAGAAUGAGAUUGUUCUGAGGUUUCCCUUUUUUUUGGGGUUUCUUUCCAUCAUAACUUUUAUAUUUGAUCUAAUUGUAUCUGCUGAGUUUUUUGGUCUUUAAUAUGUACCGGCUGAGUUAAUAUCACUGUAGAACGUUUUGGAAUAGUUAUUUCCUUAUAAAUUAUAACAUACAUA